AUGGCUAGAGGUACAAAACGACGUCGGAGUCAAAUUGAAAAGCCAGUCGUCAAUCGGGACGACACUAUCGAGGUAGAUGAGGACGCGGCGGUUGGGGAUUCGCAAGUGGCGGUUACCAAGGCGUACGCCCGACUCGCCGGCAUUCGUCGAGGCAUCGCCACGAUCGACCUCGCCGACGACAAUUUCGUGUGUGGGCGUGGCUCCGAUGAGUCGCCCGUCAACUACAACUUCUCGUCUGCGUCGCACGACGUCGGCCUCUAUCGAUUCAUCUCGAAAAUUCAGUUCGCGAUCAGUAGGGACUCUGAAACGCGUCGAAUCCAUCUACACGAUCAUUCUCGAAACGGAACGCUCGUCAAUCAGGAAAUGAUCGGAAAAGGACAGUCGAAGGAGCUCAACAACGGAGAUUUGAUCUCCAUUGGGAUUCCGGCGCUAAUUAUUUUCGUGUUCGAAACCACCGACGAAGGACAGUAUCCGGAGGAAUUGACCAAAAAAUACCAUGUGACGAGUCAUUCGCUGGGAAAAGGCGGUUUUGGGAAGGUCCUGCUGGGUUAUAAGCGAUCCGAUCGCUCUGUGGUGGCUAUCAAAAUGCUCAACACCCAAUUCUCGACACGUUGCAGUCGAGCCAUCGCCAAGACUCGGGAUAUCAAGAAUGAGGUGGAGGUGAUGAAGAAAUUGAGCCAUGAGGCGAAUUCUUCACGAAAGUCGUCGAUCCGAAAUAUAAUCGAAUGGGUCUCGGCGAAUCGCUCGGGAAAUAUUUUGCGUUUCAACUCAUCGACGCCGUCAUGUAUCUUCAUUCGGUGGGAAUCUGUCAUCGUGACAUUAAACCCGAGAACAUUCUGUGCUCCGAUAAGACGGAGCGGUGCGUUCUGA